CGUAAACGGCGGCACCAGGAGGAUUCCGGUUCGGAGCCCAGCGACUACGAGGAGCAGAAGGAGGAGGAAGAAGCUCGGAAAGUGAAAAGCGGCAUCCGGCAGCUUCGCCUCUUCAGCGCCGAGGAGUGCGCCAAGAUCGAAGCUCGCAUCGAGGAUGUGGUGUCCCGGGCGGAGAAGGGGCUCUACAAGGAGCACACGGUCGAUCGGGCGCCGCUGCGGAACAAAUAUUUUUUCGGGGAGGGCUACACCUACGGGUCUCAGCUGCAGAGACGAGGCCCCGGGCAGGAGCGCCUGUACCCACGGGGGGAGGUGGACGCCAUCCCCGAGUGGGUGCAUGACCUGGUGAUCAGGAAGCUGGUGGAGCACCGGGUGAUUCCCGAGGGUUUUGUGAACAGUGCCGUCAUCAACGACUACCAGCCGGGGGGCUGCAUUGUCUCCCACGUGGACCCCAUCCAUAUCUUUGAGAGGCCCAUCGUCUCCGUCUCCUUCUUCAGCGACUCGGCACUCUGCUUCGGGUGUAAAUUCCAGUUCAAGCCCAUCAGGGUCUCGGAGCCCGUUCUCUUCCUGCCGGUGAAGAGGGGAAGCGUCACGGUGCUCAGUGGGUAUGCAGCCGAUGAAAUUACACACUGUAUUCGACCACAGGACAUCAAGGAGAGAAGAGCUGUCAUCAUCCUUCGAAAAACAAGACUAGAUGCACCUCGAUUGGAAACAAAAUCGCUGAGUAGCUCUGUGUUGCCACCAGGUUAUAACUCUGACCGUCUGUCGGGAAACAACCGGGACCAGAUCCUGAAACCAAAGCGGUCCCAUCGCAAAGCGGAUCCUGAUGCUGCUCACAGGCCACGGAUUCUAGAAAUGGAUAAAGAGGAAAACAGGCGCUCAGUCCUCUUACCGAAACAUAGGAGACGGAGCAACUUCAGCUCCGAGAACUAUUGGCGAAGGUCUUACGAGUACACGGAGGACUGUGACGAGGAAGAGGAGGACAGCAGCCCAGCCAGGAAAGUUAAAAUGAGGCGACACUGAGGAUUGCACUUUCCAGGCUCGUGGAGCUGAUGAGAUUGGCCUCCAGUCUGUGAAAACUUUCUCCUCCCUCUGGCUAUCUUCCAUCUAGCUUCAGUUUUGGGUUUUCCUUUCAGACUGAAGAGUAAACAGGAAGGAUCUAGCGAUUUGUUUUUAUGAAUGGAGGAAUGCUGAGACAUACAUAAGGAUGGAACAUGUCCAGUGCACAUGGUGUCCUGAGUCAUGGGUCAAACGGGCAUCUCUCCCUUAAGAAGCAGAUAAAGUUAUGCCAGGCUGUCUGUUGGGAUUUCUUUUUGAAAACACCAAAAAGUUUAACUGUUUCGUUGCGCAAGAUUCAAGAAUUGUAUUUUUGUUCUUUUGCUUUAACUUUCUUCCUUUCCAAAUGUUCUAAAUAUGAUGUUUGGCCCCAGGAGACUAAACUCUCUGUGGUGGCCUCGUAUUCCUUUGCUUCACCAAAGGGCUCCUUGGUCUGCU